AUGGUGGAGAAGACUAAAGGUAGGAAGGAAGAGGUGGUAACCAGGGAGUACACUAUCAACCUCCACAAACGCCUCCAUGGAUGCACAUUCAAGAAGAAGGCUCCCAACGCCAUUAAAGAAAUCAGGAAAUUUACACAGAAAUCAAUGGGGACAACAGAUGUGAGAAUAGAUGUGAAGCUAAACAAGUACGUGUGGAGCAGAGGAAUCAGAAGCGUUCCAAGAAGAGUUAGAGUGCGUAUUGCACGCAAAAGGAAUGAUGAUGAAGAUGCCAAGGAAGAACUUUACUCUCUCGUCACUGUUGCAGAGAUCCCAGCUGAAGGGCUCAAGGGUCUUGGAACCAAGAUCAUUGAUGACGAAGAUUGAUUAAUGGAUUUUUUUUUUUUUUGAGUUUAAAAACAGGAGUUGUUUUUUUAGAAUUGGUAUUUCAUUCGGAUUAUACAACAUGUGUUGUUUUACUUGGUAUUUCAUUUGAAUUUCCUUCUUUGUUGAUACAUUCAACUCUAUCUGAAGAUAGCCUAAAUCAUCCUGAAACAGCCU